GGCACUCCAUGACCAUCAGGUGGUGUGUGUGGUAGGAUGAUAGGGGAUAUGGUGGGAGCACGGGGCAUGCGAAGGAAGCAUCGGGUAGCGCCAAGCUUUCCAGUGGGGAGGUUUGGUGAGGAAGGCUACCCGGCGGAAUUUAGCGGCCCCUUCCGCACGAACAUCCGGUCUCUUCUUUACGAGUUUGCCGUGAACGUCACCUCCGAUCCGUCUCUUUUUCUUCCCGAAGGAGUGUCGGCUUGGACAAUCAGUCUCGAGGGUGAUCAAGAUAACAACUUCAAGCUCUACAUUUUUGAGGAACGAAUCGAAGAAACUAAACGUCUUUACUGCGACCACUGCCGUAUUAUAGGCUGGGGCGGGCAUCCUGUGACAACCAAGCGGUACCACUUCAUCAUUCCAGUGGACCAAACGAGUGAAAGUACAGGUGGCAUUGGCAUUGGGAGAGGCAGAAAAAGGUGCAGGCAUGGCUGGAAUUUUGCUGGCGUUCCAACUUCCAAGUGCGAAAAGUGCAAAGAGGAGGAGCUAGGACGCUCUGGAAAUGACUAUGUCACAUUGGACUCUCAAUGUCAUCUUUUGCAUGGCCUGCUCCAUGCAAAUGGGUAUGGUCACUUGUUGAGAGUCAACGGCAGGGAGGGGGGAUCAAAAUACCUCUGCGGCACCCAGUUGAUGGAUCUUUUCGACCGAAUCUGCAGCAUGCUGUGCGUGAGAAGGGUGAGCGUACAGGACGUGUCUAAGAAGGCGGGGCUGGACUUCUGCCUUUUGCAUGCUGUUGCAUAUGGGCAGCCUUGGUAUGGGAAAUGGGGUUACAAGUUCGGGAGAGGAAGUUUCAACACGACCGAGGGUGAGUAUCUAGAUGCGACAAGGAGGGUCUGGAGCUUGCCCCUCGAUGUUGUGAUAAAAGAGCUCAAUGGUGCGGACGAGGAUCUGAAUUCCAUCAUCAAUGCUUACUCUUGCCUUUCGUCUGAAAGACUGUGUACGCUUGGAGACCUCAUGCGGUGCCUUCUCAUUGAGCUGAGACGAGCGAAAAAGGGCCAGCGCAAUACAGGAGACGAAUGCCCAAUUGCAUUGGCCUCAGAAAGCCCAACUGCAUUGGCCUCAACGACGAAAGAGAAAGACGAAGGGAAGGGGGGCUGGGAGAGUCUGGAUUGCAUAAAGAGAAAGAUGGAGGUGGACCGCAAUGCGCCCGUGGAUGGCGUCGUGAAAAGUCCAAAGGUUACGGUCGCUGCUGCAGGUCCUUGUGACUGGAAGCAGAGCCGACUUGAACAGGACUGCAAACAGAGGAAGAUGGAAGGGGCCUUGGAGAGGCAGGAUUGCAAAAAGAGAAAGACGGAGGAAGGCCGCAAGGCACCAGUGAAUGGCGUCGUGAAAAGUCCGAAGGUGGCUGCUGCGGGUCCCUGUCGCUGGACACAGAGCCGACUAGAACAGGCAUCGCAAGUACUGGUUGCUGUGUUACGCCGACGAGAUGGUCAGUCCUGGAUCUCCCGGCCCGCUCUUCGGGAGUUUGCUAGGUCACAUGUGGGUGACACAGGACUCCUGGACUUUGUAUUGAAGGGGAUGGCAGACCUUUUUGUCGGCGAUAAAGUCGUAAAGAGAAGGUUCAAUUCUCGGACAAGAAUGUACGAGUACUUGCUGGAGGAUGUCGAAGAGCAAAGUGGUCUGGAAGUGGACACUGUAGCAGAAGAGUCUGAUGUCUUGAGCCCAUCAGAUGGUUCUGGCAUGGGUGAGGGCGGCACUUUCAGUACCGCCCCAGGCUGCAUGGCUCGGGAUCCUCCCAACCUGCAUAAAAAUCCGGCUGCGGAGACUAGGUGCUCUGCAGGUCCUUUCCCUUACCCGGCAGCACGACGGCGGGUCAUCUCUUAUAAGGAUGUUGCGCGGGAUCUGUCCAUCGUUUACAGGAAAGUAUUGGGCAGAGGGAAGGAAUCGGGCAUGCUAGGUGUCUUCUGUAAGGAUGGUCGACUUUUUGAGUCGCUACUUUGGAAGGAUAUCAGGAAAGCUGUGGUAACCAUUUUGGAUACGAAGCUGUUCGUAAAGGACUUCUGCGAAAUUGAAGGAAUUGAUACUGUCGGCGAUGCGAAGGUGGAGGUUGAACCGGAACUAGAUGUUAUCAGAGUGAUGUGCAGUGUCAGCUUCGAUGAUGAGCCUCUCAGGCACCAGGAAAGGAGGGAGGUUUACUUGCGGCGGCAUAUGGAGGAAGGUAUGGGCAGAGAUUUCCCUCCACCUGAGCUAGUUGUCCUUCCUGUGGAUGCGACGAUUGCGGAUCUGAAAAGGAAGGCCGGGAAAGCGUUCAGCGAGGUUUACAUGAUGAUGAAAGGAUUUGAAGUGACAGAUAUUCCUGCCUUGGCGACAUGGUCGGACGAUACGCUCCUGACAGCGACAGGUGUGAUAGGAAGUGAGGAGGAGGGUGAGGUGCUCAUACUUGGCUAUGGCAUCGAUUACUACAGUUUGGGACGGUAUGAAGGAGGAAUCGAUGAAUGGGUCGUCGACUGCAAGUGCGGCACGGUCGACGAUGACGGGGAGAGGAUGGUCGCUUGCGACUCGUGUGAAGUAUGGCAGCACACUCGAUGUGUUGGAAUCUCUGAUGCCUCUCCGCCGCCGGAUUGUUUCGUCUGCCGUGCCUGCCAAGGGCAGACCCAAACCCCUAUCGGUGGCAAGAGUCCUCUAUCCGAAAUCUCCAAGGUAGACGAUACAUGUAUCCAGGAUGGAGGCGGUAGCUCGGUCUUUCUAGUGGCCUUUUCAGCGGUCUUUCUAGUGGCCUUUUCAGCGGUUGUCAUUCUUUCCAGGGUUCUCAGUGGUGUUCUCAGUGGUCUCGUCAGGGGUCCCAGUGGUACCUCAGGGGUCUCACUGGUGUUCCUAACGUCUGUUCGUGCUGUUGUUGUCGGCGGAGUAUAUCCAGCGGUUCUCUACGCGGAGAAGGGAUAAUGUCGAAAGGCUCUGAUGAACUUUUGAGGUGGAUUUUUGAGCGAUGCCUUUUGGUCCUCCUUUGCUUAGGGGACUGUUAAGAGAGGUCGAUGUGAAGAGGUCGAGGUGGGAUCGGAAAGAGUUCUGUGUGAGGUGUGAAGCAUUCAACAUGAAUGGGAAUCUCGAGAGGAUUGCAGCGCUUCUGCGGUGUUUUCGAUGAUGAAGACUUUUUGGUAGCAUGUUUUACCUGUUGUGGUGAAUGUGACGUGACAUCAGGUAGGGAUUGUGGGUUGCUGUGCGAUCACGUGCUUCUCGUUUUCGGGACAAGUCAACAAGUGGCUUCUGAAUUGUGGCUCAGCAAUCGGCAUGUGAACUGUGAUCUGUGCGCCAGUUGGAGCGGAGUGGCAUGCAUGCUUAAACCCACCAGUACACCGGGGCCUGGGGGCGCUGGACUGCGCGCUAAGCUUUGCCAAACCGCCAGCGCCACACUUUUUUUUCUUUUUUUGGCUGGCACCACCAGUAUUGUAGUGCGGACUGGGGCGGUUUAAGAGAAUUAGUGCCUGCAUCUGAGUGACGGCAACAAGGAGAUUGUGUAAAUUUUUGUAUGCUAGGGUGUUCAUACGUCCGUGUUUACUUGGGACGUCUUUGAAUUGCCUGGCUUUAACAAGGCCGACAUUUCAGGAAGGAAGUGGCUACUUUCUUUGGGAGGCUUCAUUGUAGAGACACCUUUGCAUCGGUCGGUCGUGCUACUUUCGAGCGGUAGUCACGAGGUGUCUGGUAGGUAGAGGAUGUUGAAUUGAUGCAUUUAAUUGGUGCAAGAAGACAGGGAGCGCAGCCAAGUGCAGGCAAUUGGAUGUGGCGGCAGAUGUCUUCUAAUAGACAGGGAGUGCAUCCAAGUGCGGGCAACUGGAUGUGGAGGCAGAUGUAUUCUAAUUGAUAAGGGGAGCAUCCUAGUGCAGGCAGUCGGAUGUGGCGGCGGAUGUCUUCUAAUAGACAGGGAGUGAAUCCAAGUGCGGGCAAUUGCGUGUGGAGGCAGAUGUGCGGGCAAUUGGAUGCGGCGGCAAAUGUCUUCUAGUUUAGGGUAUCUGUGCAAAUAUGUGGAAGAGUGAUGAAGAGCAAUAAGCACAAGAAGUACAGGGAGUGCAUCCAAGUGCGGGCAAUCGGAUGUGGAGGCAGAUGUCUUCUAAUCGAUAGGGGGAGCAUCCUAGUGCGGGCAAUUGCAUUUGGAGGCAGAUGUGUGGGCAAUUGCAUUUGGAGGCAGAUGUGCGGGCAAUUGGAUGUGGCGGCAAAUGUCUUUAGUUUAGGGUAUCUGUGCAAAUAUGUGGAAAAGUGAUGAAGAGCAAUAAGCACAAGAAGUUAGGCUGUUGAAUAAAGAGACAGAAUGUGGUGACUUAACUUUGUGUUGAAGAUGAGUUUACUGGCCUCCAUGGACGGGAGACGGCGGUUGUAAUUUGUCGGUUGAUUAUUAAGACAGCGUUUGUUAUUCGGCGGUUGACUAUCGAUGGGGAAUAAAAGCACCGAACCUGCUCGUGGUGUCUGGUUGUUGAUGACGACGUAAUCAGCCUCCAGAGAUGUGUGUGCCUUUUGAGGGCAACGUCCGAGGAGAUCUAACAUGUUUUAUUGAAUGACAAGAUGAAGAUAUAAAUCCCUUUGAGCUGCAGAUGACCUGCAAAGGUGGAUUUGUGGUCAAGAUAGAGCUUUCUCAUGGGGGAUUUCCGGACGACAACUAUUACUCCGUUAACGACUCUAUUAUUGUGUUUUGGAAGGCACAACACAAGAGAAGCUGCCACUUCUAGGAUGGAAACUGUUUCGCGGGACUUCAAUAGUUGCAGUUGGUCCGGAAGAGGUGAGUAUUUUGCAUAACGCACUCUGUGUUUGGGGAGCGUUCUGUGAGGCUGUGGCUUUCUUCGCAUGUUGGUGGUGAAAGGGAACUCACCUCGCCGGGAAAACUAUUGAAACGGUGAUGUGAAUGAACGAUAUGGAAGUCU